UCUAUGGUCGGUAUCACAACCUUCACACAGUGCAUCAGCAACCGUGUGAGCAAGCGCCCUGGCAGCGGCACCGUUACCACCAAGUGCCACUUCGACGCCUGGGCCAAACUUGGCCUCAACCUCGGCCAGCACAACUACCAGACUCUUUCCACUGAGGAUUGGAGCAGUGCUGGAGGUAAGUCCCAGUGCACCGUUACCAGCUCUUAG